AUGGGUCGCUCGACAGUGAGUGCCUUCAUUCAGCACGGCAUCGCAGAUUCAAGUCACAGAGAACAGCAUCAAGAAUCAAGGUCGAAUCCGAUGUCAGACGAGGAUGACUCUGAGGCAACCGAGAUCGUCGCCGUGAUCCCGGGCGACGGUCCUGAGGCCAUCACAAUGCAAGAGAUUGAACGACGCCUAGUACGCAAGGUUGAUGUCCGCCUGUGCACCAUCGCUGGCAUAUUGUGCAGCCUGAAUCUCCUCGACAGUGGUAUUAUUUCUUCCGCCGCUGUUACAAGCAUGCCCUCCGACCUCGAUUUGCACGGAGACCGCUAUUCAGUCUCUAUAUUCAUCUUCACGAUCGCCUCAGUAUGUUUCCAACUACCCAUGACCGUCACAAUGCGUGUCGUCGGUCCUCGAAUCUUCUUCGCCACCGUCACCUGCGUGUUUGGUAUCAUCACCAUAUGCACUGCUGCCAUUACCUCCUGGCGACAAAUGAUUGCUCUCCGAGUCCUCCUCGGAAUUUCCAUGUCAGGCAUAUUUCCUGGGCUGUCAUAUCUUGUCUCAACUUGGUAUACUCGCAAGGAACAGCAGCUCCGUUUCGCACUUCUCCAGUCAGCCGAAGUCACCAUUGUGGCCACAGGAUCAAUCAUCAACUACGCCCUCAACCAACUUGACCAUCGCCAGGGGCUCCGAGGUUGGCAGUGGAUGUAUCUAGUCCAGGGUAGCAUCACCAUAACUUUGGGCAUUCUCACCUAUUUCUGGAUGGUCGACUUUCCCGACCAGGCAGAACAUUCCUUCCGUUUCAUCACUCUGGAAGAAAAAACGCUCGCCAUUUCUCGCAUUAACAAUGACCGCCGUGACGGCAGCAAGCCAGAACCUUUCAAAUUAAAAGCAAUCAUGCUUCCCUUUCUCGACCCUAAACUCUACGCUUUCAGCACCCUUUUCUUUCUUCUGAAUCUCGUUUCAACCGCCCUGUCCUACUUUCUCCCAAUCAUUCUCCAAUCAGGUAUGGGGUUCACAAGCAACCGCGCCAUUCUCCUAUCCUCGCCACCUUACUAUUACGCCGUGAUUCCCGCUCUUAUUACUUCAUAUGUUUCCGACCACUACCGUCUACGCUCGCCCAUCAUCAUAUUCAACGCCGCGACUCUGAUCGCCGGUUUUGUCAUGUUAGGCUUCUCCACCCAGGUCGCCGUCCGCUACGUUGGCACUUUUCUUGCCACGGGAGCCUAUGUUUCCAAUUGGGCUGCGCUGAACGCCUACCAAGCCAACAACAUCGUUGGUCACUGGAAACGUGCCACCGUUGCUGCCGCGGUUUCUGCUUGCAAUAGUCUGGGUGGCGUUGCGGGGAGUUACAUUGUCAGACAGAAUGAGGCUCCAAAGUAUCUCACCGCAAUCUGGAUCAGUAUUGGUAGUCAUCUUGUCAUGAUUGGAGUGGUUCUGCUUUGCACCAUCUGGUUUUGGUACAUGAAUAGCGGGGCAAAGAAGGGCAUCCGUUUGAUAGAAGGCACCGCUGCUUUUAGGUACACAUAUUGA